AUGACGAAUGACAACACCAAUGACCAAUCCAUUAGAGAUCUUGAAGCUGAGGGACCUGGUGUACCGCUAUCCGAUUUGCUUGUGGAUGAUAUCGAGCCUCGUGCAAUCACUACGCACAAUGAUGGUGUAGACGACUUGAAUGAUGGUGAUAAUGGCGCCAUGGACCAACAAGCGCCAUGUUACCCGUGCGAAAGAAACGCUGAAUGA